AUGAGCAGCGCGGAGCCGCCGCUCGGCGCCGGGCCGCGGGCAGCGCCCGCCUGGCAGCGGGAGAUCCUGGAGCGCAAGCGGGCCAAGCUGGCCGGGGCGGGCGGCGAGCCCGAGUCCCCGGCCGGGGAGCGGCUGGUGGUGGCGGAGAGCCUGGGCCCGCUCCGCGAGAACCCCUUCAUGCGGCUGGAGAGCGAGCGGCGCCGGCUGCGGCAGGGGCGGCCCGGGCCCGGCGGCGCGCCGCGGCCCCUGCAGCAGCUGCUGGACCUGUACAGCGCCGUGCCCGGCAUCCGCACCAUCCGCGCCGACAACAUCCUCAUCAUCGAGUCCCGCACCGACCCCGCCGCCUGCUUCGCCGCGGGGGACGCGCCGCCCGCCCGCCGCCGGGAUCCGGCCGGCACCGACCCGCUGCGGGAACUGCUGGCCCGGCGCGGCGCCGCGCUCGCCGAGAUCCGCGCCGACCAGGUCGUCAUCUACGAGACGGCCGAGCCGCCGGAGCCGCCCGAGGCGGCCGAGCCGGGCACCGUCAGCCGCCUCCUGGAGAAGUUCGGGCAGCGGCCGCGGGGCCGCCGUCGCCGCGUUGGGGACGCGCUGACCGGGACCGGCGGGGUCGCGGCUCCGCCGCAGGUGGGACCGGGCGCUUCCCGGGCCGCGCCGCCCGCUCCGCCCGCGGGGCCCGGCGCUCCCCCGCCCCUCCAGAAGGGACCCGGCUUCCCCCGGCCAAAGCCGGGACCGGCAUCUCCGCCGGCGGUCCCGACCACUCCUCCGCCGCUGCCGGCUCCCCCCCGAGCUGCCACCCCCCCAGCGGUGCCGGUGGUCCCCCAGCCCACGGUCCUGCAGCCAGCUCCCCCCCGGGCAGUCACCCCUCCGCCCGCGGCCCCUCCACGGGCUGCCACUCCCCCGCCCACGGUUUCCCCUCGGGCUGUCACACCCCAGCCAGCGGCACCUCCCCGGGCUGUCACCCCCCGGCCCGCAUCCCCUCCCCGGGCUGUCACUCCCCAGCCCGCACCACCUCCUCGGGCUGUCACCCCCCGGCCCGCAUCCCCUCCCCGGGCUGUCACCCCACAGCCCGUGCCCCCCCAGCCCACCCCGGCUCCCCCCCAGGCUGCAGCCCCCCAGGCGGUCCCAGCUGCCCCCAAGGCUGCGGCCCCUCAGGCCAACUGCUUUCUCCACAAGAUCAGCUCCAACUCCUUCACGGUCACACCCCGGGGGCAGCUCCCCGGCGCCCGCGUCCCCGAGCCCGGUGCUGUCCCCGCCGGCCGCCCCGCAACGCCCAAGGGGCCACCAGUGCCAUCCACCAGCCCUUCCCAUGCCAGAGCCAACGCCAGGAGGCCAAAGCCGGAGGAGGCCGAAGUGGCCGUGUCGCCCCUGCCCAGUGCCAGUCCGGCCCCCAGUGCCACCGGCGCCGUUCGGCCGCUCUCCGCCUCAGCCCCCCGGGCCGGGGACUCCUUCGAAAUCCUCCCGGCCCCCAAGCCCGACUUGGCGGCCAUCCCAGCCCACGACCUGCAGGCACAGGCUCUGGCCAAGCUGCGCCUCAAUUCGCGCAAUUCUUUCGUGUUCGUGCCCCGCCGGGAGGGCAGCCCGGCUCGGCCGCCGGCCCAGAUUGCCAGGCCAGGGCCACCGCCACCGCCCUCGGAGGAGAAGGCACCCAAGGAGCCCCCGAGGGCUUCCGCCCCGGAGCAGGAAGAGCCCAUCACUUCCCCAGCGGCGCCUCUGGAUCCCUCGGUACCUGUGACUUACAUCGAUGACAUUGUGGAGCCGGACGGCGGGGAGCCGCUUCCCAGGGCUGGCCCGGCUGCGAGGACGGGGAGCUUGGCGGAUCAGCCUGGAGGAGCUGGCCCUGACCUGGAGAUGGAGUUUUCCUCCGUGCCCCUCUACAGGCCACACUCUGCCCCCCAACAGAGGGGAGGCAGCACCUUCACUGUUGUGCCCAAAAGGAAGCCCGUGGCUCCAGGGCUGCAGGCUGAUGCCAGCGGAAGGCCACAGCGGGAGGAAGAGGAGGAGGAGGAGGAGAGCAAAGGAAGAGGCAAAUCCGUGGAGAACGCUGAUGGGCCCCAAGUGGGGAUAUCCCAUAAAAAGCGCUACCCCACGGUGAACGAGAUUGAAGUGAUCGGGGGGUACCUGUCCCUGGAGAGGUCCUGCAUGAGCAAGACGGGCUCACGCCGCAAGAAGAUGAAGAUCUCUUUCAACGAGACAAGUUUGCAGACCAUGUUUGAGUACCCCUCAGAGAGCUCCCUGGCGGAAGAAGAUGAGGAAGAGGAAGGACAUGCUUCUGAAACAGAGGAGGAAAAAUCUCGUACCUUUUACAUUCCACGCCCAAACAGCACUUUGCAUCCCAGUACUCCUAACUCAGCAGAUUUAUCCAGCUACACCCCAAAGCACUCCGUGAAGUUCAGCGAGUGGCAGGAGCAGAAGUAUGAGGGUCCUGCUGCAGAGGGGCCCCUCCCAAAGGAAGCUGAUUCCCAUGGGAACCAAGUCAUGCUCACCCCUGCGGAGAAGGGCGGGCUCUCGGAUUUCAGCAGCGAGCCCGCGCUCUAUUUCUGAGGCUGCUCCGCGGUGCUGCAGCAGCGGCUGCUGGGCAGGAUGGGGCAGUGCAGCCGCUCUGGGCACACGGGAACCGCCACCGAAACGGCCCCAAAGCGCGGCCGUGCCCGCAUCCUGCUGCCAAGGAUGGACCAGACGCUCUCGGGCAUCUUCGGAGAAUAUUUGCACUGGAUUUUGGGACCGAAUUACUGCUUUCAAGGCGUAUGAUUGAUUCUGCCUGUGGCCUUGCAUAUUCCUUGUUCAAGAUCAGCUGCCAGUUAGGCAAAUGUGGGAAGGACAUCUGGAAUCCCGGGAUGGAUGUUGUGAUUUUUCUCAGUGCCUGUCUGAGUCCAGGCACUGUGCAGAGUCUGCACAGCUCUUGCAACCCUUCUCCCCAGUGGAGAAAUGGAGCACUGGGCAGUUAGGUGGGUUCACAGCGUGGCUGUGAUUUGACACAUUGGGUAUCAGUUUGGAAAACCACUGAAGGUUCAUGAUUUGUCCUUGGCAUGUUUCCAGCUCUGGUUUCACUGAAACAUCGUGGAAUCCAUGUGCCAGUUCCAUGCUUAUGGAGUUCACUGAACACCCUGAGGGAGGGAUGGGAAGAGCAAUGAAUGCCUUUAGCUUUAGGUGUUAUUUUUGCACCAAUCAAUAGAGAAAUGUCCAGACUGCCUCGAGCUUCUUGAAGAUUCCCAAACAUUGGCCAUAACUUUGGUCUGUCCUUCCCAACUCUGGCAUCCAGUCUCUGGGAAUUGCUGGUUAUGCUCCACUUUGCCAGCUCCUCUUGUUGCUUUACUCCAGAUCUGAUUGAUCUCUUUUUUGCUCCCUUCAAGCCACACUCUGUUCCUCUAAUCAAAGCACGGGAGGGCAGUUUCACUCCUUUCUUCUGCAGAACUUGAACAAGGAAUGUGGAUUAUUUUUGUUUUUUCUAGCAUUUUUAUAGUUCUAUUGUAAUUGUUUAAUGCAGCCAAUAUGCAAAGGAAUCUGCUAGAAUCUUCCAUUCAAGUUUUCUACUACUGUAAACUCAGGGUCAAAAUUGCACUCUGGAACAGAUGGAGCAGUGCUGCUAAUGUGAUUUGUACUUUGGGAUUAAAAGAGAUGUGGUGAGAACAAGUCUGGCCUCUUUGGGAUUUAUGGAAUGAGUGGUACCCCAAUGUGGGGCAUGAUCCAAAGGAACAGGCUGGUAUCUUUGAUUAAAUUUGAUGGUUACUGGUUUGUCUGUUAUAGAUGAUGAAUGUUUGUUCAAGUGACACUGGUCUGUGAACUGAAAAUGCUCUGCAUACCUUGCACUUGGCUUGGUGUCUGUAGUUGCAGCAAGGGAAAGUUGUUCUGCUGAAAAACACAGGAAUAAAUGUUAGAACAUACCUACUUGUAGCUUCCCUUCUGCCCUGGGUGCCUAAAUACUUAUGGAAAGAUAAUGCAAAAAAAAAAAA